GCAGACUGUAGUUUUUUUUUUGUUGGUUCAGGAUGAUCUUUGACAGGGUGAAGAAGUUGCUGGUGGUGCUGGAGUCCCCCGAGGAUGACGUUGCUCCAGUGUUCAGCAGCGGGGGGGACACGGUGUCCGGGAAGGUGCUUCUGGAGCUGCUGGCCGACGACACUAAGGUGGAGUCAGUGAAGCUGCACGCAGGGGGCUAUGCUAAGGUGCACUGGACCGAGUCCCGGAGUGCAGGCUCCAGCACGGCAUACACCCAGAACUACAGUGAUGAGGUGGAGUACGUCAACCUGAGGGAGACGCUACUAAGCACAGACAAUGGCACGCUUAAUGUUCUGCCAGCAGGAAGACACGAGUUUCCUUUCACCUUUCAGCUGCCUGAGAAUUUGGUGACCUCUUUUGAAGGCAAGCAUGGUUGUGUUCGCUACUGGGUCAAAGCAAAGCUGCACCGUCCAUGGUCCACAGUUAAAAAAGCGAAGAAAGAGUUUACUGUGCUUGAACCCAUUGAUAUCAACACACCUGAUUUGCUGGCUCCUCAAGCUGGUACCAAAGAAAAGAUUGCACAUGCCUGGUACUGUAACCUGGGGCAGGUGUCUGUCACUGCGAAGAUUGACAGAAAGGGAUAUACCCCUGGUGAAGUCAUACCCAUCUUUGCAGAGAUUGACAAUUGCACCAGUCGCAAUGUGGUGCCUAAAGCAGCCAUCAUCCAGUCGCAGACUUUUAUUGCUCGUGGUACCUUGAAACAGAAGAAAUCUGUGGUAGCUACGCUGGCUGGAGACUCUAUAUCUGCAGGGAAAAGAGAGACCUGGCAUGGACGGGCUCUAAAAAUACCGCCACUUGGCCCUUCCAUCCUUCAGUGUCGCAUUAUUCGUGUUGAAUAUGCUUUGAAGAUGUGUGUAGAGAUCCCUGGUUGCUCAAAGCUGCUCUUGGAGCUCCCACUGGUGAUUGGCACCAUUCCACUUCAUCCAUUUGGAAGCAGAACAUCGAGUGUGGGCAGUCAGUACAGUGUCCAUCUUGACUGGCUACAUGGAACUGUUCCAGAACAACCUGAGCCGCCUCCUGAAUACUCCUCAGUAGUUUCUGAAGAAGAGGUUCAAAACGGUCUUUCCCCUCCGCGUCGUGCCAGUAUGGGUUGUAUCCUAGACGGGCCAUUUUAUGCCUACAUUCAGGAGUUCAGGAACAGGCCCCCUCCACUGUAUUCAGAGGUUGAUCCUAACCCACCUGCAGCAGAAAUCCGUCCACGUUGCAUGACAUGUUGA